AUGGCGGUAGUAGAUUCAGGAAGACACCCUAUCCGUCCGACCCGUCCUUUGCCGGUAUGGCCGAAGCCAGAACGACGGAACAGCAACUCUUCCUCCGGUUGUCUCAAACCAAUCAAAACCGCCGAAGGCUUUCAAAAACCUCCGAAAAAUAAUACGGUCGCAAUCGAAACGCUCAGAGACCUUUUCACACAAACUGAAGUUCAUCUUUGGGACGAUCACCCGAAACAGCCUAAUGGAUUGGUGGUAGAUUGCCCAUUGAAUACCAAAUUAUCCAACAUUAUCGGUAGAUAUUGGAACCAGCGUUAUAAUUUGUUCUCCAAGUUCGAUCAAGGCAUCAAGAUGGACGUGGAAGGAUGGUUUUCCGUCACCCCGGAAGCCAUUGCAAAGCACCAGGCGCGGCGUUGUUGUGGGACCAAAGGCGGCAGUGGAACGAUCGUGGACUGCUUUACCGGCGUCGGAGGUAACGUGAUCCAAUUUGCGCAGCAGACGAAUUGCCAGCGAGUCAUAGCCAUUGAUAUCGAUUCGCGAAAACUCCAAUUUGCGAUACAUAAUGCCAAGAUCUACGGGAUCGAUCGGAGCAAAGUAAUGUUUAUGUUGGAUGAUGCCAUGGUCGUGGGACCUAAGUUGCGCGGAGACGUGGUUUUCUUGUCCCCGCCUUGGGGAGGACCGGAUUACUUGAAGCACAAGACGUUUGAUAUCAACACCAUGUUAAAGCCUUGCGGCGGCCAAGCACUUUUCGACAUGGCGAAGAAGAUUGCGCCGAAGAUCGUGAUGUUCUUGCCUAAGAAUGUGGAUCCUAAUCAGCUGGCGGAGUUGGCCCUUUCGGCGAGUCCGCCGUGGUCGUUGGAGGUCGAGAAGAAUUACUUAAACGGCCGGCUUAAGGCCGUGACGGCUUACUUCACUAAAAUCAGAUGGUAA